AUGAUCAAGCAACACACCCAGCGCGCAAAUUACCUACACUUCCUCAGGAAUGUCCCGUCAGACUAUGCAGAAGACAUUGGUGCAGAUAUAAUACUCCAAAGUUCUUUGCCUAAAUGGAAGCCUUGUGAGCUAUCUUCGGACGUACUUGCCUCCACUCAGCCAAUAUUACACGCCAUGGGUUUGGCGACAUCAGUAAACUUUGAUUCAACCACCUCUUGGCGACACGGUGGCAAGAAUUUUAGUAUAUACUCUGAGCAUGUAGGGAACAGCUACAUAGAGUUUGAGUAUGACGGCCAUAAACGAUCUGGCGUUAUCCAGCACAUCAUCCGACCUCAACAAACUUCAACCCCAAUCUUUGUGCUACACAUUUUUCCUGAUCUGGAUCCGGUGGAUGAAAACCGAAGUCCUUAUCGUUUGCUACCGCAUUUACACGCCACCGUUAAGUAUAAUGUUGAUCUUUCACUUCUAUCUAUUGGUACCAAUCAGAUAUUUGGUCAUUGCGCUGCUCUCCAUAAUUCACCAGGGAAAUUUGGCAUCUCGAAGGCCACUGUGUCGUUGGGUAUCGCGGACAUGUCAAUGAGUUAUGAGAAAACAAUCUGA